AUGCUCAAGAGCCCACGUGAAGAAGCUGACGGGUUCGAACCAGGAACAAAGCGCAAAGCAGAGAUGAGUCUGUCAAAGCAGGAUAACGGCGGGAAGAGGCUUGCCCUGGGCAACCUCACCAAUGCCGAAGGGACAACGAACACCAUGUCCAACGCUCAAGUUGCUCUAGGAUCCUACAUCAAGACUAAAGUAACUAACGUGCUGAACAAGCCGAUGACAUUGGUACAAAAGACUAAAGGUGAUGCAGGGAAGGAUAUCUUGAAGUCCAACGAACAUCAGGUGCACAAAACAAAGCCACCAAAAAUCCCAGGCGUGCCGAGAAUAAUGACACGUGCUGCGAUGAGAAAACAGCAUGCGAAGGAAAUAAAGCCCAAAACUUCCACCGUCGUUAGUAAUAAUACGCAAUUGGUAUCGCAAAUGGUGAGCGCAGUGCAAAACGUGGAGAUCAGCGGUCGGGACAUCGCAUUUCGCAUAGUAGAACAACCCCUGCCAGAUGGGAAGCCAGAUAUGAGCGUGUUUGAGCUGGAAUUGCAGAAGCGCUACCAACGUGCGCAAACGGCUGGUACCGGCAUUAAAGCUGGGAUGCCAAUCGCUGCAACUAGUGUUGCAAAUGAGACGGCACCAACAGAGCCAGCGAAUGAACCUAAAAUGCCGCUGGCAGUAGCUGCUGGACCCGCACGAAUGGAUCCAAAGAUGAAGCUGAUCCGAGCCUCGAAUGAGUUUGAAGCGAGCGAUGACUCGCUGUACGUAUCCGCGGUCGAAAAUCUAGACGAAGCAGCCUUAGUGGAGGCCAAACCGAAACAGUGUAUUGGCCAACCCCUGAGCGUCGUAUCGGCCGCUUUGGAGCUCGCGAUUAGCCUGCCCGACAUGUCGGAAUACAUGAUCCCACCGGACUGGACGAUGCCAAUCGAGUGGGCUGUAGCACGCACACGGGCAGCAUUGGUCGUUGACUUGCAGGAAUCCUGCGAACCACCUCCACUGGACGUCGAAGAUUACGACAAGUUCUAUGAGAACGACAUUUACCAGGUGUCGGAGUACGCCGGGGACAUUUUUCGGUACUUGAAGAAACGCGAACUCUGCUACGUCGUUCCAGACUACAUGGGGAACCAAAAGUUCGUGACGAAAUGGAUGCGCUCGCUGCUCAUCGAUUGGAUGAUCGAGAUACAGGAAACGUUCGAGCUCAACCACGAGACCCUGUACUUGGCGGUGAAGAUUGUCGACAUGUAUCUAUCUCGCGUCAUGUUGCCGCGGGAAAAGCUACAGCUCGUCGGUGUAGCUUGCAUGCUAAUGUCUUCUAAGGUUGAUGAGCGCGCAUCGCCCACGGUGGACGAUUAUGUAUACCUGUGUGACAGCGCGUACCAGCGAUCGGAGCUACUGCAGAUGGAACGAAGCAUUUUUAAGACCAUAAACUACGAUCUCAGUAUUCCAUUAUCAUACACCUUUCUGCGUCGAUACGCGCGUGUCAAUCGUGUCCAGAUGCCGGUGCUCACGUUGGCACGUUACAUCCUGGAGGCGAGCUUGAUGGAAUAUAAUACGGCUUUGGUACUCGAAUCGAAGCUCGCCUGUGCGGCCCUUUAUAUCGCCCUGCGUAUGGAUAACCGGAGCGGAUGGAACGAUACCCUCAAGCAUUACUCAGGGUAUACUUUGGACGAGUUUAAAGACGUGGUGAUCCUAUUAAACAACAACAUAAUAACGCGGAAGUCAAUGUUGAACGCCGUGCACAAAAAGUACUCGCAUGAAUUGUUUUUCCAAGUUGCCAAACGACCUAUUAUUAGAACCGUAGCAUUUUUGUUCAACUCGCCUAAUGAGGUGGUAAAUACGGUUGGUGGUGAUGCUGAGGCAACCAAUGGUACUACCUCUCGCCCGGUCACGCAGAGCAGUUCAUCUACAUCAGCUGCUAUCGAGAAUAUCUCAGCAAAAGAUGGUCAAGGCACAUCCGAGUCGUCUGCUUCAUCCGAUCCUGGUCUUGAUGAAAAUGACAUAGUUGACAUUGAUGGCUAA